AGUCCUCCACAGCCCUCCCCAGUGCAGCGCGGGCGCCAGUCAGAGCGCAGCGGCCGCGGGCACUCCAGGGAGGCCUGGGGUCGGGCAGCCGGGCGGCCGCCUAGCUGCCCCCAGCCAAGGCCCAGGGAGGGAGGGGCUCGGACGGGCGACGCCGACCACCGAAACUUACCAAGAAGUACCAAGCGCAGCCCGGCAGUCCAGCUGCCCACUGCGGCGGCGAGCAUGGACGCGGUGUUGCUGGAGCACUUCCCCGGGGGCCUGGACGCCUUUCCUUCUCCCUACUUCGACGAGGACGACUUCUUCACUGACCAGUCUUCCCGGGACCCUCUGGAGGACGGCGAUGAGCUGCUGGCUGACGAGCAGGCCGAGGUGGAGUUCCUUAGCCACCAGCUGCACGAGUAUUGCUACCGCGACGGGGCGUGCCUGCUGCUGCAGCCCGCGCCCCCGGCCGCCCCGCUCGCGCUCGCCCCGCCGCCCUCUGGGGGCCCCGGUGAGCCAGAGGACGGCUGCGGCGGCGGCGGCGGCUACUGCUGCGAGGCGGGGGCGCCCCCCGGCGGCUUCCCCUACUCGCCCGGCUCGCCGCCCUCGUGCCUGGCAUACCCGUGCGCUGGGGCGGCGGUACUGACGUCCCCCGGGGCGCGGCUGCGCGGCCUGAGCGGAGCGGCGGCGGCGGCGGCGGCGCGGCGGCGGCGGCGGGUGCGCUCCGAGGCGGAGCUGCAGCAGCUGCGCCAGGCGGCCAACGUGCGCGAGCGGCGGCGCAUGCAGUCUAUCAACGACGCCUUCGAGGGGCUGCGCUCGCACAUCCCCACGCUGCCCUACGAGAAGCGCCUCUCCAAGGUGGACACGCUGCGCCUGGCCAUCGGCUACAUCAACUUCCUCAGCGAACUCGUGCAGGCCGACCUGCCCUUGCGCGGCGGUGGCGCGGGCGGCUGCGGGGGCCCGGGUAGCGGCGGGCGUCUGGGCGGGGACAGCCCGGGCAGCCAGGCCCCGAAGGUCAUCAUCUGCCAUCGGGGCACCCGGUCCCCCUCCCCCAGUGACCCGGAUUAUGGCCUCCCUCCGCUAGCAGGACACUCUCUCUCUUGGACUGAUGAAAAGCAACUCAAAGAACAAAAUAUUAUCCGAACAGCCAAAGUCUGGACCCCAGAGGACCCCAGAAAACUCAACAGCAAAUCUUCCUUCAACAACAUAGAAAACGAACCACCAUUUGAGUUUGUGUCCUGAGAAGUCCCAGACUCAGCUGAGGAUCUGAUUAUGUUUCUGUGCAUAUUGUACAUGGAAAUAUCUAUAAUGUAAAUGUAAUUUAAGAAUCAAAUUUUUCUAAUGGCAAUCAACUGUUAUUUAUCUAUUUAUUCUGUUGAGUUGAUGAAAUCAAUGAUUUCUUUUUAAAUAUAUAAUUUAUAUAAUUUAUCCUGAUUUUCUGAAAAUAUGCAAUAGCCUAUGAUUUUCCUGAACUCUAUGUUGCUGGGAGAACUCUGGCCGGAAAAGUCAUGCUUAUUUAUUGCCAGAUAUGGUUUAUUUCUAAGCGUUGUCAAUAAAUGCUAUUUACGCCUUUUCCUGAA